GUUUAUAUUUGAGAUUUCUCCACAGUGGCGAAAACGAAAUAUAAAGUUGGAGAUUGUGAAAGAAGAAAGGAAAUGUCAGAAGCACGCAGAUAUGUAAGAAAUAUCUCAACAGAGGAACUGAUUGCAGAGUUUCCAUCCCGAAAAAGAGAAAGAAAAGUCAGCAAAUGUUUCGUGUACAGUCUGGUAAUCUUUGUGAUGAUAACGUUGAUUUGCCUUAUUCUUGCACUUUUGAUGUCACACGUGGGAGAUCCCAAAAUUGAAUUCAAAUCAGCAAGGUUGAUGAACAAUACUAACGAUUAUCAUAACGUUUCUUCAACCUCUUCCUUCAAUGUCACCAUAGUUGUUCGUGUCAGUCUCAGCAGUCCUAGAUUUGUCUCCUUCGAUUACGAGGCGAGCGCAGCGAGUGUGACGUAUGAGAAUUCCGGUAAACGUGUUGGUGUUUCCAGAUUGAAAGCUGCCACAUUGGAGGCCAAGGAAACCAGAGAUAUGGACUUGACGGUUCACAUGAAUUUCGGGAAGAAAGCAAAUCUAACUGAUUAUUCCAACUCAGGCAUGCUCAAACUCAGAAGCUACGCAAAAUUAAGUGGUACACUGCACACGUUCAAGCUGCUAAAGAAGAGAAAGACCAUUCGAGUGUUUUGCACCAUCAAUCUCGACUUCACCUCAUUUUCCACUCAAAACUUCCAAUGUUAAGGUUCUUAUCAUUCUUUCUUUUAACUCUAGCUUUUUCUAAAUCAUUUGAGAAUAAAUACAUUUUAACCAUGCUA